AUGGACGCACAAUCAUCGAACGGCCCUCCGGCCACCGACGCCGCCUCUUACCUUGAUCUUGGCAUCACUCUCGCUCUAAACAAUUGGCCUGCUCUCACACUGGCUGUGCAAUCGAACUGGGGAGGUCCCAAGUCCGACGACAAGCGCGACUGGCUCUGCGGUGCUAUCUCCGAAAUGCUGACCGAACGUCCGGAAACAGACGCCGAGGAUAUCGAGGACGUUUUGAUUCAGGUGAUGAACGACGAGUUCGAUGUCGUGGUGGACGACGAAAGCGCCGGCAAUGUUGCCGAUGAGAUUAUGGAAAUGAAGGCGCAAGCUGAGCGUGGGAACUUCGCCGUUAUUCAGGAGCUGUGGGAGACGUGGCAGAAAAAGAGCCAGCAGAAGUCUGCUUCAGCGGCCAUGUUCAAGCAGGUCGAAACUCGGGAUGAGGACCAGGAGACUGAUGAGAGUGACGACGAUGUGGGCGAUGUUGACAUGGACGAUGCUCCUGCGCUGGUGCAAGCUCCGAGAGAGAAGGCCGAACCGGAGAUUGAUGAAGAUGGUUUCACUAUGGUUAAGAAGAAGAGGUAA